ACAUGCUCUUAGAAACUGCGUAUCAUCGAUGUCAUGGGAGAAAAGAAAAGGAAACUGUUGACACUUUAAUCACUCUGCUCUCAGUUCAAAGAAAAAAGGGGAAGAGAAAAGAGAGUAAAAAUUGAAAUAGAAAUGGGAGAAGGAAAAGGGUCGACCCUUGUUCAUCUUCUACUAAUAGUCUUGAGCUUAACUGCAUUUGGAUUUGCAGUUGCUGCUGAGCGACGCCGUACCAUUGGCACUCUACAUAAAGAUGAAGCCACUAACCAAACAUACUGCAUUUACAACUCUGAUGUUGCCACUGGAUAUGGAGUUGGGGCUUUCUUGUUUCUGCUCUCAAGCGAGUCACUGCUUAUGGGCGUCACAAAGUGCAUGUGCUUCGGAAGCCCUUUGGCUCCAGGAGGAAACCGUGCUUGGACCAUAAUAUACUUCGUCUCUUCAUGGAUGACAUUCCUAGUGGCUGAAGCAUGUCUAAUUGCUGGUGCAAAGAAGAACGCUUACCACACCAAAUACCGCAACAUGAUCUAUGCAGAUAACUUUUCUUGUGAGUCAUUGCGGAAAGGCAUAUUCAUCGCUGGAGCAGUCUUUGUGGUUGCCACGAUGAUCCUCAACAUCUACUACUACAUGUACUUCACUAAAGCUACUACUCAAACAGCUCAGAAAACCAACCGCACUGGUUCAACAGUCGGUAUGACUCGGAAUGUAUAGUUUUUUUGGGUUCAAAUCUUGUCCCUUGCCAGGAUAAUACAGUCAUACUUAAUAUUAGCUUAUAAAAUGUAAUUGUCUCAAGAGAAGUAUUUAGUCUAGUGAAUGAUGAGUUGCAGCCAGAAAUCAUCCCAUGUUGAAUACUGUUUUAAUGGAUUGCUUGUUUUAAUUA